AUGGCGACGCCUACUUCCGUGGCCUCUUCCGCCUCGCGGGACAUGGUCCAGCGCAUCCACCGAGUGACGAGAGAGAACCGCCACCUAUGGUACCAGUUGACGGUUCUGCAGCAGCCUGAGCGAGCUCGUGCAUGUGGUUCGGGCAUGAAAGCUAACAGCGACCGACGACCUGUUGACCCGCCGCCUGUUGUUGAACUUCGUAUCAUUGAGGGUCCCUCCGUCGAGGAGGGCAAGGACAUCACUUUCGACUACAACGCCAAUUUCUUCCUCUAUGCCAGCCUGGAGCAGGCUCGCCCCAUUGCCCAUGGCCGUGUCCAAAACGGGGCCACCAACAAUCCCCCCAUCCUGACUGGCGUCCCAGCAUCUGGCAUGGCUUACCUCGACCGACCUACUGAGGCUGGAUACUUCAUCUUCCCCGACCUCUCUGUCCGCCACGAAGGCUACUUCCGUCUUUCUUUCAGCCUGUAUGAGACGACCAAGGAGUCCAAGGAUUUCGACAUGGAGCCCGCCGAUUCUGACCUCCCCGCCGGAGUGGACUGGAGAAUGGAGAUCAAGACCCAGCCCUUCAACGUCUUCAGCGCCAAGAAGUUCCCCGGACUCAUGGAGAGCACUUCUCUCAGUAAGACAGUUGCUGAUCAGGGAUGCCGAGUUCGCAUCCGCCGCGACGUUCGUAUGAGGAAGCGCGACGGCAAGGGCAGCGGCUACGACCGACGCGAGGAGGAGUAUGCUCGUCGCCGGACCGUGACGCCAGCUCCCGCCGAGGAUCCCAUGCGAGCCAGGUCCACCAGCAACGCCAGUGAGCACCGUGCGCCAUACAUGCCACAGGAUUCGCAACGGCGACCAUCUGCUGCCGAGAGCUACCAUGCUCCUUCAUUACCUCAUGCUCCUUCAUUGCCCCAUGCUCCUCCUCCCCCGGCCUACGACGCACCUCCGCCUGCUGCUCGGCCCGGACAUCUCCAAUUUGGCGGCGAGCAAAACAUGCCGCAGUAUGGCGGUCCCGCUCCUCCUCGGUCAUAUGCCCACCCUCAGGGCGCUCCGAUACCUCCUGUAACGCCUACCGGGCCAUAUCCGACAGCAUCUGCGCCAUCUCCGUAUCCCAAGCACGACUCACAACCGUACAGCUAUGGCCCCCGACCUCCAGUGUCCAGCGCAUCCCCAGCACCGCCAAUGAAGCACGCCGGUUACGACAGCCGGCCUUCUGAGCCCUAUGCCCCUCAGUCACCAUCCGGAUAUACGCCGACCGAGAGACGACCAUCGUUUGUUUCUUAUCCUUCUCCCGCACCGAUGACACCCUACAUUGCGCCUCCUGCUCCUUCACCGGCGCGACACAUGCCAACCCAGUCAUCUUUGGCGCCGCUCAAGAUUGCUUCCCUGGUGUCUCCCCUGCCGCCCAUUGAGGCCCAAACUGAGCCGCUUCCCCCUCCUCCAUUGCUUCCAACAGGUGGCAAGAGAAAACACGACUACGUCUUUUCUCAAAACACUAAGCCGCUUCACAACGGCCAGCGCCAGCUUGAUGCCCACUUUGGCCACGGAUAUCGCGGGCUCACCCCCGAGCCGGACCAAGGCCUCUACUCUCGAGCAGAUGGUCAAAUCGGUGUCGUUACUUUCAAUCAAUACCAAGUGUAA